AUGGCCGUCCGCAAGCGGCCUGCCGCCGUCCACGCCCGCGCGACCACCACCAAAGGCUGCAAGAGGAGGCGCAUCCGGAUCGGCAGCACCGAGGACUACGAGUUCGACGACACGCCCUGCCUCGGCAAGGGCAGCUUCGGCACCGUCGUCAGGGCGCGCCACCGCGCCACCGGCAGGACCGUCGCGAUUAAGUUCCCCUGCGACUCCGAGGACCCCGCCGACGCCGCUGCCGAGCUCCGGCGCGAGGCCAGCUUCCUCGCGGCCUGCGCCGGGAACCCUUACGUCGUCGGCUCCCACGGCCUCGUCUGCGACCCGGCCACCCCAAGGCUCGGGCUCGCCAUGGAGUACGUCGCCGGGCCGACUCUCCACGGUUUCUUGCGGGAGAGGGCGCCGCUCCCGGAGCCCAUCGUGUGCGCCUACAUGUGGCGGCUGCUCACCGGCGCCGAGAAGAUGCACCGGCUCGGCAUCGUCCACCGCGACCUCAAGCCAUCCAACAUCCUCGUCGGGAAAGGGGGAAAGAUCCUCAAGAUUUGCGACCUCGGCCUCGCCAUGUCCCUGCGCACGGCCGACCGGACGCGGUGCAGCGACGCCGGCACGCUGCCGUACAUGGCGCCCGAGGUGCUCCUUGGGAAGCCGGACUACGACGCGGGGGCGGACACGUGGUCGCUCGGGUGCGUCAUGGCCGAGAUGCUCACCGGCAGGCCGCUGUUCAAGGGCGACGUGAGGAGGGACGAUCCGGUACGCCAGCUUCGCACUAUCUUCCGCGUCCUAGGCUCGCCGGACGACAGGACGUGGCCGGAGUUCACGUCGCUGCCGCUCGCCGGCGCGGUGCGGAGAUCGUUCCAGUUCCGGGAGCAGCAGCGCAGCACGCUGGGAGACCUCUUCCCCGCGGAGAUGCUGUCUGAGGACGGCUACCAGGUCCUGAAAGGGCUUCUUGAGUGCAACCCCGGCAAGCGGCUGACGGCCGCCGCCGCGCUCCAGCUCCCGUGGUUCAUGCCUGAGAUCGACGUCGGCACCAACACCGACGGCGCGUUCAUCCCGCCGGCAACUCCCAGGGAGGAGAAUCUGCUAAGGAUCCCACUUGAGAUGUGGAAGAAUUCGCAACGGCUUGAGUGUGCUUGA